AUGGGUGCCUGGACUUCCUUACCGAGGCAAUGGAAGUUGGAAGAUGUACAGGCCGGACUGAACGUCCUUAUUACAGCUCUCAGCGCCUUGGUCAUCUUUGUAUUUGUACGGCUGUCGUGGCAGUCCGGAGCACGACGGAUAGUACAAAUGAAGGCAGUUCACUUGUCUUCUAUCCUGACACUCAACACUCCUGGCGAGGUGCUUGAUGCCUUUUCAGUUCUUAGGCAUAAGAUCCCAGGGCAUGGGCCCAUGCUUUCCCAAUCGAUUGUUAUCAUCAUAUUUUCUAUCACGACACUCACAUCUGGGCCCAUAGCGAGGUAUGCAACUCGUAGCACUAGUAUGACCACUGACUUGGAUGUCAAUGGCUACCUUGCAACGCGCUCCCAUAACAGCAACAGCGAUGAGCAAGUGACGUGGAACUUGACACUUACAAGUCUCGACCGCGCUGGAUAUCCCACUGACGAACUGCUCGAUUAUCUCCCUGAAACUGCCACGCACUGGCUUUACCGGACGGAGGAAUGGAAUAACAGCUGGUCGUUGGUUUGUAGAUCAAUCGACCCUACUGUCGUCAACAUUACAAUGACGGACGACUGCAGUGGCUUCUCGGCGAAAAUCCAUGGGCGAGAAACAGUCAUUCCCGGCGCGCGGUAUAGUGAUUACGUUUACAACAGCCACGGAGACUAUUACGUGAACCAAACACUGUACCGGGAUGUCCUCAUGUUCUCAUAUGCCGCGAACUACACCGAUUAUGAUAAUACCACCGACAUCUAUCAGCGGGUCAGCAUGUCGCUUGCAGCGCUGCAUAUGCACAACGCCCCUAAAAAUACAACGGAGGGCUCUUCCCUUUCUGGCUCAUGCACAUUUGGUGUGGGUGCCGUCGAAUCAUCCUCGUUUACACGCAUCGAUUGCGAUAUAGUAUACAACCCAGAUGAAGGCGCAGACACUUAUGUUGGAGCAUUUCCCGACAUGGGUGACGUCGAUGCGGUCCCCAGCGCCUACAUGCAAUACUACUUCUCGCGCUUUAAGCAGGAAUCUAUCAGCAAGGAACCAAUCUCUAUCAUCACGCCACGAGAACUGCGCCGUUUCUACCAGACAUACAUGAUCGUCAAGGACGUGCAGGACAGAACACCCGUCCAACGGCACCUCCAAGUCGAGGUCCCCGUUGUGCAAAUCUCGACGGUUUUCUUGGUCCUAUAUUGCCUAGUUGGCUCCCUGGUCCUCGUCGGUGGUGCAGUCUAUUCCGUAUUCCUCUUUCGCCAUCGAGACAUAGUUUCGCUGCUCCCGCAAAGCAAGCUGGACUGGAUAGUGCAGUCCAUCACGAAUGGCACGCCUCUCCAUCCCAGCCGCCCCGUGUGGUUCGUCAACUCAGCUCCGCGGGUCGAUCUGGCCGCUGUGUCACCAUCCAGGCGGAGGCGAGCACUAUUUGAAGCUGCUUGGUAUAGCCCGAUGUGGCCGCAGGAGCCCCAGAGGCAAGUUGUUUAUCCAGACCAGAUCGUCCAAUCGGGCGUGGCUAGCCCUGUUCGCCCUGGAUUCGAAUCUGAAGAUCUCAAGACUGCGACACAAAAUUGA